AUCUAUUUGUUAAAAAACUAAUUUACUUAUGCAAAUUCAACAUUGAAAAAGACACAGAAGUAGAACCAAGUAACAUGACAUAUUUAUGCAUUACGCUUUUUUUACUUCCCGGCAUUGCACCAUUCUCAUAACUCGAACCCAAAAUGUUGAUUAAAAAUAGAAAGGGUCUUAUUUAUUCCACCACCGUUUUUUUCGUAAAAACAUGCUUCUCUAUGAAUAUCUUUGACAGCUUCUACCUGUCCCUGUAUGUGAUGUAAAGUCAGGUUCAAUAAUGGCUAUAUGUACAUGUUGUCCAGUCCAGGUGUUAAAAGAGAGAACAAAAAUUAAAUACAGGGGUUUUGCCGUUGCUUUCAAAAAAAUAUAAUAAAUCUGCCACGUUCUUCUUAUUUCUGUGGUGAAUAGCUGUCUUUGUAUUACAAAAAAAAAAACUUUUUCAACUCUUUAUCUUUUAGGUCAUCUAAUCGUUUUUGCACUUACUCUGUUUCUUGCACUUGCUCUGUUUCCAUGGAUUCUAAUUCCCAAUUCUUUGGAGAAGAAUGUAACAGCAGUGAAUCUGGAUGGACAAUGUACAUUGGUUCUCCUUCAACUGGUGAUGAAAAUAUUGGGGAUUUUGAUGAAUUAGAAGAGAGUAAUUAUAACAAAGAAGGUCGUGUUAAUGAAGACGAUGAAGAUUGUGAGACUGAUGAUUCAAUGGCUUCGGAUGCAUCUUCAGGACCGAUUAGUAAUUUUUCAAGGAAUGCAAAGAGUGGUGGUGUAGAUACUAUGGUUAAUUUCAAGAAUCAAAAGGAAAAGGGGAAGGAAAAAAAUUGCAGCUUUAUUAGCAACAAAGCAGCUAAAAGUUCAAUGAACAAUGGUUACAAAAAUGGUGAUCAAGAUAAGGUAAAAGAGCCUAUCGUUGCUGCAAAAGGAAUUAAAGGUGCAUCCAAUGAUGGUGGUAAUAAGGUUAGGAAAACUAUUUGUAUGGGCAAAGGGAAGUAGAAAUUUUAGUAAAUUUAGCUAGCGUUUGACUAUAAAUUUUUUUUUAUAGAACUACGAAUGAAACUUGAGUUUUAAAUAUUUUUGAGUUCCCAAAAAAUUGAUUCACACUACUGAGAAAAUUGACUUCCACUCACGAAACUUUUUCCAAGUAAAUUUCAAAAUUUACAACUUCAAGGAUUCAGAUUUUAAAUUUUAACUUUAAAAUUUAUAGUCAAACGGAAGCACAAAAUCUCAUGUACUUUAGAUAGUAUUAGUACUCUUAUGUGUCUUUCUUUUUUCUUUAUUUGUUAGUGCAUGGAAAACUUAUUCAGGAUGUUUUGUAGUAGAAACAAUUAAAUCCACUCUUUUUAAUACACAAAG